GUGAACAGAACCAACUCAAACAUCUCCCUUCUCAGCUAGCUAGCAGCUAGCUGCUAAGCUAACGAAGCUAGCGCGGAGAAAGGCGUCGCCGGGCGCCGGUCAGAAGGAGUCUACUCCUGCACACCGUGACCAGGACUUCUCGGAAGACAGCAGGAACUUCACUCGGUGACAGAAAACACCGUGAGUAUGGCUUCCUGCGCGUCUUGCACCUUACUCACGGAGAGGCUGGCUCUGCUAGAGGGCCGUGUCCGCCAGUUAGAGCAGAGUAAUCUCGUAACUUUAGAUGUUGCGGACACAUCUGCUAGCGUUAGCUGUAGCGAGCUAACUAGCCCAGCCUGUAUCAGUCCUAAGCGGCCUACAAGCUACGGUGUACCGGUUGAGACGCAUAAUAGAUUUAGCUCUUUAGCUAGUCCUACACCCCAGUCUACCGGGCACCACACCUUAGUGAUAGGGGACUCCAUCACCCGAAACAUAAAGCUUAGCAAACCAGCCACAAUUAAGUGCAUCCCGGGGGCCCGAGCACCUGACAUUGAGGCUAAUCUUAGGGAGCUAACUCGCAACAGGCCUAUUAAACACGUACGACAGGCUAAUCGCACCACUAGUUAUGCGAAUAUAGUUGUACACGUUGGCUCCAAUGACACUAGAAUGAGACAGUCAGAGAUUACAAAGAGAAACAUAGCCAGGACUUGUGAUCUCGCUAGAAAGAUGUCCAGGCAUCGAGUAAUUGUCUCUGGCCCCCUGCCUGCGAGAGGCAAUGAUGAGAGAUAUAGCAGAUUAGUCUCGCUUAACAAGUGGCUGGCUAGCUUCUGUAGACAACAGGGACUAACGUUUAUUGAUAAUUGGCCCUCUUUCUGGGGCAAACCAGGCUUGCUGAUGAGGGACGGCCUUCACCCUAACCAGGAAGGCGCCAUCAUCCUGUCUAAGAAUAUAGACUACUGUUUAAGUCACAUUUGACUAACUACA